AUGUGCGAGGACUUUGCGCAGCAGCUGGCGGCCAAGGCGCGCGGCGCGGGGUUUGCAGUGACGGUGGGCUCCCUCGACCUGGCCAUCGCCGGCGGCGGCGGCAGCGGCGGCCUGCCCACCACCGGCGCCGUGGCGGUGCUGACCAGCACGUACAAUGGCAUGCCGCCCGACAACGCGGCCGCCUUCAGCAAGUGGCUCGGCGCGGCGGCGCCCGGCAGCCAGGCGGGCGUGCGCUACGCGGUGUUCGGCGUGGGCAACAGCCAGUGGGCCGCCACGUUCCAGGCCUUCCCCAAGAAGGUGGACGGCCUGCUGACCGCGGCCGGCGCGGCGGCGCUGCUGCCGCUGUCCUCUGUGGACGUCGACCAGGCCGGCGUGACGGACGCCUUUGACGACUGGAGCGACUCGCUCGUUGCCGCGGCGCUGAGCGCGUUCGGGGUGCGUCCGCGGGCGCGCGGGCGGGCGGCGGCGGGGCGGCGGCGGGGUGUGGGGCCGCGCCUGGACGGCGGCGCCCCCAUUGUCUCCGCAGCCGACGUUGCCGCCGUCCCCGCGGCGGCCGCGGAGCCGCGCAGCCGCACCAAGAUCGAGCCCGUCGCGCCGGGCGCGACGCCCGAGGUGGACGUCGUAAUUGGGAACGGGCAUGAUUUGGAGGCGGACGCGGUGCACGCGCUCACGGCGGCGGCGGCCAAGGUCCUGGGCGCGUCCACCACGACAGGUGCCUUCCCGCUCAAGGUGCUGGAGUCGCGCCAGCUGCUGCCUGCGGACAGCGGCCGCGCCACGGCCCACGUGGAGCUUGAGCUGCCAGAGGGCAUGACCUACUCCGCGGGAGACCACCUGGAGAUCCUGCCCGCCAACUGCCCCGCUCUGGUGGAAGCUGCGCUGCAGCUGCUGGGCCUCGAGCCGGACACCCCCUUCCUCUGGACCGCCGGCAGCAGGGACGGCGCCGCGCGCGGCUUCGCCGCCGGCGCGGGCCUCAAGCUGCCGGCGCGGCUCGGGGAGCUCAUGCCCGGCCUGCGCAUCCUGACGCCCGCGAGUGUGCUGCUGGGGUACCUCUGCGACCUCAGCGCCGUGCCGAGCCGCAAGCUGGUUACCCAGCUGGCGGAGGCGUGCCCCUGCCCACCCGAGGCGGCGGCGCUGCGGCGCCUGGCGUCCGAGGAGGGGUACAGCGCGGGAGUGUCUGGCCCGAAGCUGACGCUGGUGGAGCUGCUGACCCGGUUCAGGAGCGUGCCCACCAGCCUGCCGGAGCUGGUCAGCGCGCUGCCUCGCCUGGCGCCGCGCUACUACUCCAUAUCCUCCAGCCCCCUGGCGGACCCGCGGCGCUGCUCCGUCACCGUGGGGCUGGUGUCCUUCACGACCCCCACGGGGCGGCCCCACAGGGGCGCCAGCAGCGGGCUCAUCCACUCCCAGCCUGUGGGGCGGCACCUGCUGGGCACGGUGCGCUGCUUGCAGAGCACCUUCAAGCUGCCAAAGGACCCCACCACGCCCAUCAUCAUGAUCGGCCCCGGCACGGGCCUGGCGCCGAUGUGCGGCUUCAUGCAGGAGCGUGCUGCCCUGCUGCAGGGCGGCGCCCAGCUGGGCCCCGCGCUGCUGUUCUUCGGCUGCCGCUCCGCCGGCGAGGACUACAUCUACCGCGACACGCUGGAGGGUCACCUGGCGGCGGGCGUGAUCACGGGCCUGCACGUGGCGUUCAGCAGGGACGGCCCCAGCAAGGUGUACGUGCAGGGCCAAGCUGAGGCAGGACUUGUUGAGAGCUGA